AUGUUCAGUUGGUUAUCGUGCAUUGCGAAGAAGCCAUCGCAAACAACAAUUAACUCAUUCAACGACAUCCAUCCGGCAGUGCUCGAUCUACUUUACAAUCAGCUGACGGGUCAGUUGGCUAAAUAUGUGAAAGAUUUGGGGGACAAAGGCGGGGUGAAACGUGAGGAAUUCUUUUACGGACUGACCGCUUUCGUUUGUUUCUAUCUGGUGUUCGGUUCAGAGGCCGGUCUGAUGUGCAAUCUGCUCGGAUUCGUUUAUCCUGCAUUCGCCACUCUUCAGAUGAGCGAAUUCGGUCAAGCGAAAGAUCAAGCGGUCGCAUGGCUUAUUUACUGGACCGUUUUUCGUGCUUUCCCACUUACCGAUUUCUAUGCGGAUACAAUCCGUUACUCUUUUCCGAUUUAUUGGCUUUGUAAGGCCAUUUUCCUGGUCUAUUUGUUUUUGCCACAAACUGGUGGUGCACAAAAGUUCUAUGAAAAAUUAGUGGCUCCCACAUUCGGUCGUAUCGAAUCGGCGAUUGUUAAUUAUGACAGCAAGAAGAAAGAAUAA